AUGCUCAAGAGUUGCGAGCAUGAGAUCACGGUGUUCACAGAUCACAAGAACUUAGAGUACUUUAACUCUACCAAAGUUCUCACUAGGUGGCAAGCUAGAUGGUCUGAGAACUUAGCAGGCUACAAUUUGAAAGUUGUCUACAGACCGGGAGAAAGAAAUGGCAAACCAGAUGUGCUAUCAAGGCGUUGGGAUCACCGCCCUGAAGAGGGGAGUGAAACCUUGCGGCCGGAGCCACAGAUGUUUUUUAGGCCAGGUCAAUUGGUUUUGGAUCCUGUCAAGCUAACGGCUGUCAGGGUGAACCAAUUGCAGAAUACAUUCUUAGAGCGACUAUCUGCGGCAGCUAAAGAGGAUGGAAUCUGGCAGGAACUGCACCGCUCCCUGGUUGAAAGAAAACGAAACUUGGACCAGAACUUGUCUGUCAAGGACGGCCUCAUCGUCUACAAGAAUCGAUGGUAUAUUCCCAAGGACAAGAAGCUCCAGAUGGAUAUCCUGACCGAUACCCACGACUCUAAAGUGGCAGGCCAUUUCGGCCAGUUCAAGACAUUAGAGCGGGUGAAAAACAACUUCUUUUGGCCCAACAUGGAUAAGGAUGUUGAGGAAUAUGUCCGGAGCUGUGACAGCUGCCAGAGGAAUAAGACCUCAAGACACAAGAUGUUUGGUAUGCUCCAACCACUGGAGAUACCUUAUCGGCCAUGGGCUUCCAUCUCUAUGAACUUUAUUGUGGGAUUACCGGAGUCAAGGGGGUUUACAAAGAUCUGGGUAAUAGUGGACCGCUUCUCAAAGAUGGCACAUUACAUCCCACUUCCUACACUCAAUAAAACGGAAGAUCUGGCUAAGUUGUUCUUGAAGGAAGUCUGGAGACUCCAUGGGUUACCUGAUGACAUAGUCUUGGACAGAGAUAGCAGGUUCAUCUCUCACUUUUGGCAAUCUCUCAUGAGCCUCCUCAAUGUAAAGCUGAAGAUGUCCACUUCUUUCCAUCCCCAAACGGAUGGCCAGACAGAAAGAGUUAACCAGACCCUGGAACAUUACUUGCGGAGUUAUUGUUUAUAUCAACAGGAUGACUGGGCGGACCUCUUGCUUUUGGCAGAGUAUGCAUAUAACUCGGCGGUCUCUGAGUCUACCAAAGUAUCGGCUUUCUAUGCCAACUAUGGAUAUGAACCCAGUGUAACAGAGCCACAGUAG